UGACACAGCUGAUGCACGCAUCCUUUCGCUGCCUCCAUCACCCGAUCUCUGCUACAAGCAAUAGAGGCUGCAGCCUCCCCCAACCAGAACCACACGAGCAGGCUAUACUGCCGCUCCACCUUUCCUAUCCGCCAACCCCGAACCGGGCCGAAUUGGACAGCUUGCCGAGGAGCAGUGGUGCGAAGUAAUUCGGCUUUAUUCGGAGUUGUCUGUGCUGCUUCUGCGGCUAAUAUGUCUGUCUAUCGGUGCUGCCUACUUGCCCUCCAUCACAGCGCGUGUGGAGAGCGGGGGAUUGAGUGAGGGGGGGGGCCCCAGGGCAUGGGCAGUGUGGCCAGUGGGGCAUCCUCCUCAACCACCACCUCCUCUGGCCAGAAGCAGCAGCAGCAGGAGAUCGCUAUGCGGAGCGUGGGCACCCGCACCACCCAGCAGAACAGCCUGCCUCGCGCCCCCCCACCCCCACCAUUCUCUUCCUCCACCUCCAACUCCACCCACAGGGGCAGGGGCUUGGAAGACAGGAGUUACAGCAUCGAACGGUCCUCUCAGCAACCUCCUCCCCUGACUCAUGCUAAGGGGACAACAGCAGACGAACGCAGCUUUGCCACAGUGGAGAACUCUUCAUCUUCGUACUACGGAAGUGACCGUCCUCUGCCUCUCUGUGAAGGCGCCCCUUCCCAUGCGAAUAACAACAGACAAGUUUCCAAUGGCAACAGGGGUGUUUCCAAUGGGAACCGAGCAGUAGCAGCAGCCAGUAACAGUGAUAGGCAGGUGACCAAUGCAGUCUUUCUGAAUGGAGGUGGGAGGCAUGAUGGGCGUGACCAGAGGGAUGGGCGUGACCAGAGAGAUGGGCGUGACCAGAGGGAUGGGCGUGACCAGAGGGAUGGGCGUGACCAGAGGGAUGGGCGUGACCAGAGAGAUGGGCGUGACCAGAGGGAUGGGCGUGACCAGAGGGAUGGGCGUGAUGCAGGAAGAGAGAUGCAGAGAGGAGCGGUGAGUUUAGACAUUUGCGGGAACAACGUCUCACUGAACAAUGAUAAGAACAGUAGCCAACAACUGGCUCAGUACAAGGAGACGGGCCCUGGCGCAGCUAUGGUGGACAACCAUAACAACCCCCCCAAUAUCCUCCCCAUCUCCGGGAAGCUAGAACAGGUUCAGACCAUCGAUGGAUUGGUCCGCCCCUCAGCCUUCAAGCCUGUGGUGCCCAAGAGCUUCCACUCCAUGCAGAACUUGGUGUGCCCCCCUCUGACCGGAGGAGGAGGCCGUAGCACCGGAGGAGGGGCUGGAAGUGGUGGGGGUCCCAAUGCACCUGGACCCCUCAGAGACACGGACAGCCCUGGUAGCCGAGGUGGAGGUAACAGAGGAGCAGGGGGAGGUGGGGCCAGCGGCAGGGGCGGAGGCCAGGGGAGCCUGUCUGACUCGGGGAGGAACUCUCUAACCAGCCUGCCCACCUACACGGGCUCCGGCUCUGGUUACGGGCCACCGCCUGUCCUGGGGCCCCUUAGUGCCUCCACCAGCCACAUCAAUCGCCUGGGAGCCACGGGGGCUCUGGAGAAGUUGGACAAGCCUGGUGGUGUCAGCAGUGGUGCCGGUAAUAGUGGAUACCAGAAUGGACUGAGCGCCUCGGACAGUGGUCGCUCCUCCUCCGGAAAGAGCUCCUCCUCCUAUCAGAGGCUCAGCCACUUGAGUGACGCCCCUGCUCCACUUCGCCCCUCGCCCUCUUCCGAUGACCUCAUCCAGGACCUGGAGGACCGGUUAUGGGAGAGAGAGCAAGAGGUGCUUCACAUGCGUCGUAACUUGGACCAGAGCGAGGCAGCCAUCGUCCAGGUGUUCGAGGAGAAGCAGCGAGUGUGGGAGCGCCAAAUGGACGAGCUGCGGCAGAACUACGCCUCCCGUCUGCAGCAGGUGACAAGACGUGCCCAGCGCUCCCAGAGUGCCUUGCAGGCCCAGAUCAGUCGCCUGUCGCAGGACAAGCGGCGCCUGCAGGAGGAGAUGGCUGCACUGUUGGCCCAAAGAGAGGAACUGGAGAGGAAGUGCCUGGACUACAGGAAGGAACAGGCUGAUAUCCUGCCCCGCCUGGAGGAGACCAAAUGGGAGGUGUGCCAGAAGGCAGGGGAGAUCUCCCUGCUCAAGCAGCAGCUAAGGGAGAGCCAAGCGGAGGUGACCCAGCGGGCGGGGGAGAUGGUGGCACUGCGAGGCCAGCUGAAAGAGGCCAAUGCCCAGCUGAGAGAUCGCGAGGAGGCCAUGAUGGGCCUCAAGGACUCCUACAGCACCAAGAGCUUGGAGCUGGAGCGAUGCGAGGGGGAGCUCCAGAGGACGCUCACCGAGGUGUCUUUGCUGAGGGACAAGCUGGGCAUGUUUGAGGCUGAAGUAGUGGGUCUGAAGCGGGCCCUGGGUGAGCUCAGUGUGAGAGAAAGAGCAAUUGAGGCAAGUGGAGGAGGUGGUGGAGGGAGCAGGGAAGCAUCCAGGACCAGAGGGGGGCUUCCCUCCCCACACAGCCCACCUGAGGGCUCUGCGUUCUCCUUCCCGGCCCUGCCUCCCCCUCCUGUACCUCCCCCGGAUGCCAUACUGAGUUCGCAGAGUGAUGAGGCUAAAGUUCAGCGCCAGGAGGCAAACCAGUGCCAGGAGCCUCACCAACGUCAGGAAGCCCACCAGCGUCAGGAGGCCCACCAGCGUCAGGAGGCCCACCAGCGUCAGGAGGCCCACCUGCGUCAAGAGGUGGCUCACCAGCGCCAAGAGGCUCAGCUGCGCCAAGAAAUCCACCAGCAGCGCCAGGAGGCCCACCAGCAGCGCCAGGAGGCCCAGCAGCACUGGGAGGAGUCAGGGGACCUGCGCAGGCAACUGGAGCGGCUCCAGGGCGAGCUGCGUCUGGAGCGGCAGCAGCGUGAGCGACAGGCCCUCACCUUCAAAAAGGAGCGCCAUGUGUGGAUGGACGAGAAGGAGCGUGUGCUCAAGUACCAGGCCCAGUUGCAGCUCAGCUACGUGGAGACCCUGCAGAAGAACCAGGCUCUGGAGCUCCGUGUAGGCCAGCUGGGCUCUAAGCUCACCUCCACCAACACCACCCCCUCACCCACCUCACCACCCCCGCUGUCCCUUGCCCCCAUCCCUCUGCCCGCCCCAGUCACCCCCCUGCCCUCCCUCUCCUUGUCUAUGUCCCCACCUCCCCUGGCCGAGGACAAGAAUCUGCCCCCCAGCUUGCACCAGUUGGCCCCCCCCUGGCCUGUGUCCACCCGCCUGGAGAGGAUUGAGUCCACUGAGAUCUAGAUGGUUAUUUGCUCUGGAUCCUUGGUCCUUCAGUGUAGUGCAGACACAGUAUGUUCAAUUCAGCUUUAUACAAACCUUUACAGUAACAAAACACUACCGCAUAGCACCUGUAUCAAUAGCAUUCAUUUGGUACAGUAAGUAAUUGUACAAACAACUACGGGG